AAUAAAACUAAACAAAUCCCUGGGAAAGCGUCGCCUUGCAGCCAAAUUCCUGGUUUGUAUUUUUUAUCCUUUUUAUUUUUUGCAUCUCCUCAAUUUUGAUGACCUAGAGUGCCAGCUAGCUGCGCACACCCACUCCCUCUUGAGCCCCCAUCCUGUUGCCAUAGAAACAAACUUGGUUGAACAGCCCCUUCCUAACCCCUGGGUAAAGGAGCUCCAAUGAGAGGAGCCCACCUCUGCAACAGGCUGGGGGCGGAAAGAGGAGAGGGGGGAGCGUGGGGGGGAGUGGCGCCUUGGCUGAGAGGCCAGGAGGGCCCCAGCAGAAGCCCCUGGCGCCACUGGCUCCGCCCCCACCGCCCCCUUGUGUGACAGAUAAUACAGCUGCGCACAGACCCUGCACAUACCCUGCUCGGACCGGCUGCCCAGACCCUGUGCAUCCACCUGUCAGCGAUCUGCCAAAUGGCUAACGGAGUCUUCCAGCGCAAACUCUGGGAACCGGAGCAGCUUCGCCCGGACUCUGACUCUGAAUCCGAAGGCCUGUUUGACAAGCCUCCCCCAGAAGAACUCUACGCUGUUGCCCGCAGGCCCAGGGCCUUUGCAACUGGCAGGAGGGCGAACCGCCGCGGGGGCAGGAGGGCGCCCAAGAUCGCUGCACGCCCACCGCCCAGGGAGGAGGCGCUUCCGCUGGACGAAAGCUGCUAUCUCGACCACUUUCCACAUCUCUCCAUAUUUAUCUACGCGGCCUUCGCCUUCUCCAUCACCUCCUGCAUCUUUACCUAUAUCCAUUUGCAGCUUGCCUGAGCGGGCAGGGUGGGGCCGGCUGGCACGGGGCCAAGUGAAAUGAAAGGGAGGAGAAGGGGGCUCGGCAUUUAGUAUUUUGGAGACACAUUGCACCCCUGUCAUCUAGCUUUCACUGUCUGCUUCUUAUUCCUCUCAGCUGCCCAUCAAUACGCAUACCCAGACCGGUAGUGGGUAAUGAAAGGGGAAAGAUAGUAUAGUAUUUAGAAUCGGGGAAUGCCGGUUACCUGGUUUAUAAACAAACUAAGAUCCCUGGACCCUAUUAUAUCUUGUGAGGUGGGACACACGUAAGAUCCAUAAUUUGUGUUUGGGAGGCACAUAGUGAGCCCAGGAUUCUGUUCUUUACGGAAUGCGCCAGACCAGGGCGCGAGGUAGGGCCAGCACCCAGGCCCUGGGUGGGCAGGAGUCACGUGACAUGGUGCCGCCAUCAUCAGGAGCCAGGUGCUAUGGUGCAGACAGGACUCCAGAGCUCCGGUGCUGGCAAUCCGAACGCAAGGCAGAUGUGGCCAGAGUGCCGAAGUCAGUUCCAGAGUGAGGAACGGUUCGCCAGGAGGUGACAAUCCGAUGGUAUCCUAGACCAUGGCAAGAACAGCUCUGCAGACCACGCAGGACGUGUCUGGAGCCCUGGCUGGGGUCCACCGGAAAUCGAUUUGGGGACUGUGGAGAGAGGGGGAGGCGGCAGCAAUAGGGACCUCGGUCCUGGGGCCCCAGAGCCUUAGAAAGAAGCAAGAGAUUCAAGACCAAGGGGGUCGGGGACUGUCUUGGAUUUAAUUCUUGUUGGAUAAGAACUCAAUCCCUAGGGUUUGUCAUCAGAUCCCCAAAACACACCUAACCAGAGCCAACCUUGGCAAGUAAUUUCUCCCCUCGCUUCUCGAUUUACUUACGAAUGUUAAAUUUCACUACGCUGCACUAUAAUACUGCAUAUUAUCUACAUGGCAAUGUCUGUAACUGUGGUCGCUUUGAUGGAAUAAAUCAUCUUUUUCAAGCUC